AGCAGCACAGAGACAGGGAUCGUAGAGGGAUACAUCGAAAGCUGUGGAGGCUUAGGAGGCUGCUCGCUCGCUUAAAUUUCCCCAAAAAAUAAUAACAAAACCCGCGAUGACGACUGCCUAUCUGCUGUUUGAAUGAGUAAGCGCUGGUCCGUGCGUGCUGCUGACAGAAAACCGCCCCCUCCAGACACUUCCAGGCUGCAACAUACAGUCGGUGGAGAGAGGCAGACGACGCGGACGUGAAUGCCGAGCGCCGCACCAUCACAGCGGCACCUGGACUACUGUUGGCCGGCGGAGGAGCACCCACAUCCCCCGGAGAGAGUAAAUGGGACCGCACGUAGCGCCAACAUGGACAGAAUUUUCCGACUGCUCGUCCUCAGCUGUCUCGGCGUCUCCCCUGUCUCCGCGGAUAGCCUGUCGCCUCCUGUCAAUGUGACCGUGAGAGAGGUGCGAGCCCGGUUUGCUGUGGUCACAUGGGACAUCCCCGACGGAGACAACGUGAUCGGGUUUGCCAUCACACAGCAGAAGAAGGACGUGCGCAUGCUCCGGUUCAUCCAGGAAGUCAACACGACCACUCGCUCCUGUGCAUUAUGGGACUUGGAGGAGGAGACCGACUACAUUGUGCAUGUCCAGUCCAUCAGCAUGUCUGGUAUGAGCCCGCACAGCGAACCUUUACGCUUCAGGACGCCCAAAGACACGGACACUCAGGCCUCUAAGAGCAAAGACGAAGUAACCAUGGAGGAGGUGGGUCAGGCCACACAGCUCCGAGCGGGAGAACUCAUAAUCAUUGUGGUGGUUCUGAUCAUGUGGGCAGGUGUCAUCGCUCUGUUCUGUCGCCAGUACGACAUCAUCAAAGACAACGAGCCCAACAACAACAAGGACAAAGCCAAAAACUCCUCAGAGUGCAGUACUCCUGAACAUCCAACAGGGGGUCUGCUGCGCAGUAAGUUUGCCAAGAACAACAACAGGAUGCCAUCCGUCAACAUCAUCGAGGUGUGACUGCCACAGACUGCAGCCUUCUGCUUGUGGUGAUAAGGCAUGUGUCCUCUCUCCUCUGUCCCGGACAGAAAGGUGCUCCUGGGUCAGCCUCACUGUCUGCAGGUCAGGGGCCUGCUACGACUCCAGAGGCCUGUGUGCUGCGGGAUAUGUAGCCCAGACUGGACACCCCAGGGACCAGAGCUGAUACACACAGAGCCUCCUUAUGUCACUGUACGUUAGAAUAGUGGUCUUAACACUGCACCUGUUUGUUGAAUGUCAGCAAUGCUCAUCAUUUAAGUGUUUUACUGUAGUUAUUAAAAAGGUGCCAUCAGAAUCAGUAUUAUGGUUCUAGUCUGCAGACAUCCUUUUAUUUGAAUUUCAUCCAGUGGGAUGUGCAGUUAAGUCCAGACGUUGUUUUAGACUGACUCUAAAAUUGUGUAGAAGAAGGUCCAUCAAAGGUGGUGUGCAUCCUGCUGUUGAACUCUGAAAGACUCACUACAAUGUAACAUUCCAAGUCCUGGAUGAGCCCUUUAUACUCCUGUGCAUUUCUUUGAAUAUACUGUGUCUAUAUUGGAAAACACACAUGGAGAGUUGUUAUUUAGUGCUGAACAUCCAAAGGGGCAGAUCCCUCAUAUCAGCAAUAACAGCCUUCGAUGGAGCCUGGAUCCUCGGCCGCCUCCUCUCAAGCAUGCACUGUUCAGUGUCCUGUGAGAGCAUGCAUGAGUGCGGACACACAAGCGCUGUUACCUUUUCCUGCUCUAGAACAAGGACAUACACUCGGCUUCAGAGCCCGAUUAUGACUUCUUGAACAGAUGAACAAAGGGCUUCUACUUUUCUCAGAACCAUUUGUGUAGCAACCACAACUACUGUAAAAGGGAUCAACUUUUGCCAUAUGGUACUGUACACUGUAAUAUGUGUAAAAUACUUACUUUAGACUUAGCUGGAUCAAUUAUUGAACUGUUUGGGCAUGAUGUGUUCAUGUUUUAAGCCUUGUUUUAUUUCAGUAGUAACUGCCUUAAUGUCUUGUUCUUUUACUAAGCAUUGUGCUUAAAAACAUAAUACUGUAUGUAAAUACUUUGUCAUUAUUUGUCAAUGGCAAUUUACGAUUUUGGGUGUAAUGGAAUGUCAUCAGAAUUGGUGAAAGUUUUGUAAAUGCUAAUUUGGAAAAAAGUUGCCAGCUAUCAGUAAUAAUGUAAUAUUUUUCAUCACCAAGACCUUUACAUGGAUGUCACAAAGAGUCUGUCAACAUUAAUGAUGAAGUAGAGGCAGUCAAGAGAAAUACUUGGUUGUGUGAGUUGGGGAGAAUGACUAAUGCAGUGACAGCCUUUUAUCACUCUGCCUUCACUUCCCCUCUUACUAGAAGUGUAAAAUACUUCAGAUUGUGUCCCUAAUAAAAAUGAUCAUUACUGUGAAUAAUUAAUAUGCCUAACUACAGUAGCUGAUUUGAAUUUUAGUAAUACAUUGGAUACAUCCAACAGAUGUAUACAAACACACAAAUUCAGCUCAAAAUGACCUUUAGUGAACAUGAAAUACCCAACAUUCAUUCUGUAUCAAGUGAGAACAACGUAACCCUGGAUUUGUGUGCUCUGGGUUGUACAAGAAUGUAAUAUAUUUAAAUGAUUGAGUAAAUUUAAAAUGUAGUCUUUACAUGUGUAUCAGAUGAGUUUUCCAUGUCAUGGCCAACAGCCAAUAGAGCAGGGGAUUGUGUCGUCACAAUUUGAGAAUUUUUAGUGUGCCUAAUGUUUAACCAAUCUAGAUUUUAAGAUAUUACUAAAGUUACUACUCAUUCAAAGUAUUCUGACAUUUUUUUUACACUGGUUUUGACAUUUGAUCCUGAGCUCUAUAGAUUUAGAACUUAUAUAUAAAUUAACAAAUGCAUUCUGAGCAAACAUACCACUUUUAACCACAGCCUUGGAUAUGGAGUCUUAUGUUAAGUGUAAACAAUGUAGAGACUGGAUACCUUGUCUUAAUAAACAUGUUAUUCGUUUACUACACAGCAUGGAGUGGAAAAGUUAACAGUGAAAUGUGUAUUUUUAUUAUGUACAGCAGUCAUUGACUAAUGAGGGCUAGCAUGGUUUUACUAUUAUGCACAAGGUUACACAGUUUCAGUUCUGAAGAAAACAGUGUAUGCUUCCUUGUGCAUGCUUCAAUAAAAUGAUUUUCCAC